AAGCUGGUUCUCAGUUGCAAGCUUUAGCUCUUUGGUCUUAGAGUCGAGACAAGUUCGAGGCAGGUUCCAACGGUCUCGCUUUUGUUUCUUUAUCCAGUGACAUCUGCUUAUAGUUAACUCCAUCGGCCAUGGCAGACAGAGAGGAUAACGUUUACAAGGCGAAACUCGCCGAGCAAGCCGAAAGAUACGAUGAAAUGGUGGAAUCGAUGAAAAAGGUGGCAUCAAUGGACGUGGAACUGACGGUCGAGGAGCGCAACUUGCUUAGCGUGGCCUACAAAAAUGUGAUUGGCGCACGCCGUGCCUCCUGGCGCAUUAUCUCGUCUAUCGAACAGAAAGAGGAGAACAAGGGCGCCGAGGACAAACUUGAACUCAUCCGCAACUAUCGCAAUCAGGUCGAGAAGGAGCUGAAGGACAUUUGCUCGGAUAUUUUGAGCGUCCUCGAGAAACAUCUCAUCCCCUCAGCCACAACUGGAGAAUCCAAAGUCUUUUACUACAAAAUGAAGGGCGAUUACCAUCGGUAUUUGGCCGAAUUCGCGACAGGAAAUGACCGAAAGGAAGCUGCCGAAAACUCUUUGAUGGCCUACAAAGCCGCCUCCGACAUCGCCAUGACGGAAUUACCCCCCACCCAUCCCAUCAGGUUGGGACUUGCGUUGAACUUCUCCGUCUUCUAUUACGAAAUCCUUAACUCACCGGACCGAGCGUGCCGGUUAGCCAAGGCAGCCUUCGACGAUGCCAUCGCCGAGCUGGACACCCUUUCGGAGGAGUCAUACAAGGACUCGACUCUUAUCAUGCAGCUCUUGAGGGACAAUUUGACCCUCUGGACUUCCGACAUGCAGGGUGAUGGUGAAGCCGGAGAUGGUGAACCCAAGGCGGAAGUCGCAGACGUUGAGGACCAAGACGUCUCCUAAUCGGCGAUGUAAUUUGUAUUGAUGUGUUUUUUCUUUAAGUCCUACAUGAUUUGUUCAAUUUUUUCAUUAUAUUAUUAAUUUUUUUCCAACAAAAAAAAAAGUAAUCCGGAAAUCCACCUAUGUUUCCUUUACUCUUAUCUGUCUCCCAAUCGCUCCCCCCUCCCUCUAAUUGUUCAUCCCGCGCUCUUCAUCGAACACUGGAAACUGCAUUACAACAAUUACCGAAAA